CUGCGUGGGUCGAGCACUCUUGAACUCCUCUCUUGAUCCGAGUUGAUUCGGUGCACUCCUAAAGCCCCGUGUACGGUUGGCAUGGCCCGUGGGGUGGACCUGGUGUGAGGAUCCGUCAGCACUCUGCCUCAGCCUCUGAAUGUGGAUCAUCAAAGUUGGGGGGAAAAGAUGCCUGCAGCACGAGGGAAAUCAAAGUCCAAGGCAUCGGUGACGUUUGGGGACAUAGCCAUCUACUUCUCGCGGGAAGAAUGGGAAUGGCUGAGUCCCACUCAGAAGGAUUUGUACGAAGAUGUCAUGUUGGAGAACUAUCAGAAUCUGGUCUCUCUUGGUCUUGCCUGCCGGAGGCCGAAUAUCAUCACCUUGUUGGAGAAAGGGAAAGCACCAUGGAUGGUAGAGCCAUCAAGACGGCGCCGGGGCCCUGAAUCAGUGUCUAAGUGUGAGACCAAGAAGUUACCACCAAGUCAAUGUAACAAAUCUGUGCAAAGUAUUCAUCAGAAACCAGUUUCUUCACAACAAAAGGUCACCACCGGGAAGACAAAACAAAACAAAAAUUCAGUUGUAAGAAAGCCCAAGAAAGGACAUUCAGGCAAGAAAACUUUAAAGUGUAAUAAUUGUGGAAAAACCUUUUUUCGAAGUCUGUCUUUUAAACUUCAUCAAGCCUUUCACACUGGAGAGAGGUCUUACGGAUGCAGUAACUGUAGACAAGUUUUCAGACAGAUCUUAUCCCUCAUUCUUCAUCAGAGAGUUCACAGUCGGGAGAAAAGCUACGAAUGUGAUAAAUGUGGGGGAAUUUUUCAUAAAAAAUUAACUCUUAUGAUACAUAGGAGAAUUCAUAAUCGAAAGGAAAAUUUUAACCAUGAGAAGGCUCCAGGUUCAUGCCCAUCUCUCAGUGUACCCCAUAAUAAUCACAUGGUUGAGAGUAUUCACCAGUGCAGAAAGUGUGGGAAAGCCUUCAGCCGAUUGUCAUCCUUUAUACUUCAUAAGAAAAUUCACAGUAGAAAGAAAAUACUAAAGUGUAGUAAAUAUGGGAGAGGCUUCAAAAAGAAGACAGUCCUUGUAAAUAAAAGAAUUUGUACUGGAAAGAAAACUCAUGGAAAAGGGAAGGCCUUACACCAGAGUCCCCAGCAGAGACGUUGGCAUUUAGAGCAUCCUUUUACAUGUAGGAAAUGUGGGAAGUCCUUCAGUAGGAUCUCACCCUUAAUGCUCCACCAGAGAGUUCACACUGCAGGGAACCCCUACAAAUGUGCUAAGUGUCAGAAAGACUUCCGACGCCUUUCGACCCUUAUUCUGCACCUGAGAACUCAUAUCGGGGAGAAGCGGUUUAAGUGCAAUAAAUGUGAGAAGGUCUGCCAUCGCUAUUCAUCCCUUGUUCAACACCAGAAGAUUCAUAAAAGGAAAAAGAAACUCAUCGAAUGCAAGGAAUGUGGAAAGAUGUUUUGUGGCAUUAAAAACCUUAAAGUCCAUCUGAACAUUCAUUCAGAAGAGAAGCCUUUCAAGUGCAAUAAAUGUAGCAAAGUUUUUGGCCGCCAGUCAUUUCUUACUGAACAUCAAAGAAUCCACACUGGAGAAAAGCCCUAUCAGUGUGAAGAAUGUGGGAAAGCGUUCAGCCACCGGAUAUCUCUGACCCGACAUAAGAGAAUCCACAGUGAAGACAGACCUUAUGAAUGUGAUCAGUGUGGGAAAGCCUUCAGCCAGAGCGCUCAUCUUGCCCAGCAUGAGAGAAUUCACACUGGAGAGAAACCCUACGCAUGCAAGACAUGCAAGAAGUCCUUUACUCAGCGCAUAUCCCUCAUUCUGCACGAAAGAAGUCACACUGGGGAGAAGCCCUACGAAUGUAACGAGUGUGGGAAGGCCUUCAGUAGCGGCUCGGACCUUAUACGGCAUCAGAGAAGUCAUUCUCUGGAGAAACCGUAUGAAUGUAGCAAAUGUGGUAAGGCGUAUAGUCGGAGCUCAUCUCUGAUUCGACAUCAGAGCACACAUUCAGAGGAAAAGUCCUGACGUUGCUGCUAACUGCAAAAGCUGAAAAGGAUGUCAAAGAAGUAUUCAGAGGUUUGGAGAAUGUGCGUGAGUGUUCUCAACUUACGAUGUAUGUCCAAAACUCACCAUAAGUUAGAACAUUUAAAACAGAACUGUAUUUAGCAUAGCUACCCUACUAAAUGUGAUUGUUUAGCAGCGCAGUAUAACGCGGAGUCCAGUUGUCCUCAGCUGAUCCUGCUGCCCAGCAUCUCUAGAGCAAUCAUACUGCUUACUGCUCAUCUUCAGCCUAGAGAUAGACCACAAUUUCUAGCCUGAUGGAUAUUGCUUCUGUGCCAUCACAAUGCUGAAAAAUCCUACAUCAGAAAUCAUUAAUUGGAGGGAGGGAACUAUCUGCCUAUAAAAUGUUUUGUGUCUUUGGGGCCAUUUUAUGAUAUCCUCCCCUUGAAAGCCAAAGCACAAAAGUAGUUGGCGGAUUUUGAACUGAAGAUCUGAAAUCAGCUGAGGUACGCUCAGCAUAUUGGCCCAGGGUUUUUCAGUUGCUGUUCUAUUUCCAGUGUAGUUUUGAGGACAGUUCACUGGAUUUAUACAGUCAAAUGGAACUGUGAGUCCAUCUUUCUCUAGAUGGUGCUUUGACCCCAAGUUGAGGUCCCAGGAGAAUGGAGUGUUGAGUCUGUUCUCAGAACUGUAUGUUAAGACUAACAGGCAAAACAGGAAACAGCUGGGCUGUGGUAGUACACACCUUUAAUCCCAGCACUCAGGAGGCAGAGGCAGGCGGAUCUCUGUGAGUUUGAGGCCAGCCUGGUCUACAGAGCGAGUUCCAGGACAGGCUCCAAAGCUACACAGAGAAACCUAGUCUCGAAAAACCAAAAACAAAACAGGAAACAGGGUUCCUCUUCUCCUGACAGAAAUGUGUUGGGAUGAGAACAGAGAAGUGUUAAAAUAGUGUUGGCAGUGGUGUGCUGCAGUCAGUAGCACACUGACUCCGUGGAUGCCAAGAUACACGGGGAAAAUUUAGUGUGAUGAAGACAGGCUCGGGGUUGGGUGGGCAGGAGAGACUGGAGAAUGGGGAACUUCAGAGCAGGGAGAAGUUAUUUUUUACUUUUUUAUUUGAACUUAAAUUGUCUAUAUUUAUAUAAAUAAACAGCAUUUUCAUGUAAUAUUGCUAGUUGUUGUACAAAAAGUAAAUGUUUCUAUGGCCUGAACAUUUGUGUUACCCCAAAACUCAUAUGUUGAAGUUCUAACUCCUCAGUGUGAUAUUUGGAAAUGAGACUAAUGGAAGUCAUGAUGUGGAUGGGCCUUUUUGAUAAGUGUAUUGAUCAGAGACACCAGAGGGCUUGAUCUCUUUCUAUACCGUGUGAGAACACAAACGGUCACCUGCAAACUAAGAAUAGGCCCUUACCACUGACCAGUGUGUGAUACCCUGAUGUUGGAUUUCCAGCCUUUGGAGGAACUGUGAGAACCUCAUUUCUCUGUAAGUCAACCAGUCUGUGAUAGUGUGUUGUAGCACCUCGAGGUGAUAAAUUCAUGGAAGUACUCCUGGGGUAGUGUAUUGGCUGUUUCCCUUUGAACUAGCCAACAUGUUCAGUAUAUUUUUCUGUCCCUCUUUCCAGCUUGUGUACGUUGUAUAAGAAAUAAAGUCCAAAUUCUUCUGUGUGA